UUUUUUCAAGUUUUUCUUAUGCUCGCUUCAAUGGGAUUGCAGCGAGUCGCUGCGGCGCGCAACCUCGCUCGCUCCAUCUCAACUGCGGCCACCGUCGCCGUCGCUGCUGCUCCAGCUGCACCAAAGGGCCCUGCUGACAAGCCUGCUUCCGGUGCUGCACCUGCUGCCGCUACCGCUGCUGCUGCUGCCGCUGGAGGCAAGGCGCAGCCCAAAACCCGUCAAAUGACAUCCGCCGAGCGUGCCAUCUCCAAAGUCCGCUCGCAGGAACUCGUCGAGAAGGGUGCUCAAGUAGCAGCUUCCUUGUCGGGUCGUGCGCGUCGUGAGGCCCUGCAGCGUAUUGCCGAGGAGCAAGAACGCGCCGCACAAUUCCGCGUCGAAUUGACGGAAGAAGAGCGCAUGGCCUCCGACACCAAGUCCCAGGAAACGCAGCCAGCACCAGUCCAGGCCAAGGCCAUCAUUCACACGCUUGAAUCUUACGGCCGACCGCGGGGUGCGGUCGUCGGCCGAGCCAUCGGCGCUUUCAAAUCGGCAUCAGAGGCUGGCGCCAUUCUUGGCUUGUUGCGAACCCUGCGCCGCUACGGUGUUGCCUUGUCUCAAAGCCAGGCGAACGUGCUUGUGGAGCGAUUUGUCGCUGCCCGUUGUCCGGGUGCCCUCAUUCCCGCAUUGACCAUGCCUUGGCGAUAUGGAGUCUUCCCGGACGCCAAACACAUCGAGUUGCUUGUUCGCCAUUUUACCGAUGCGCCCGUUGCAACUGUCUCGGCAGCAGACAUCUUCCGAGUCUUCCACAGUUUCGUUGCAUCCUUCCGGCAACCAACGCCGGCAUUGGUCGAUGCCAUGUGCUCGUUUGUACUCACUCAAUCGUCGGCCGACCUUGAGAGUGCUCUCGACAUUUUCAACUUUGCUCGCCGCUCUGGUCUGGCGCCGUAUUCGAGCACUGCAACUGCGCUGGCGGUCGCCUUGUUAGAGGCUGGUGAUGCUGCCGGGGCCGCUCGUUUGUUGCAAGCCGCCGCCACCCCUGUCGCUCCUGUGCCCAAUAUUUCGACUCAGCUCGAGGACAUGCUCCUCGCUCAAGCCGACGCGGAGAAGCUUGGACACUUGGCGCCUCGUGUCUCGCCAACAUUGGAGGAGUUGCCACUUUCCCUCCAACGUGUUGCUGGCGGCGAAGAGCAAGCCGGUUUGCUACAGGUUGCUGCAUCCUACGAAGAAGAAGGCUCGGAGCUGACUUCAGAGCAGGAGACGGCCGCCCGAAAGCAAGAAGACGCCGAAGAGGCCGUGGGAACGCUCCGACGCAUUUCGCUCGAGGAUGUGGCUGAUUCUGUUGCGGACGACAUCUUGUCCCGCAACGCCUCCGUCCUUGAAAUUCACUCCAAGGCAUACGCUGAUCACGUUCUCAAGGCGCUGGAGCGCAAGGCGCGCUCGGACAAGGUUGCUCGCAUGAACAAUGUUCAGGAUAUUGCCGCUCUCAUUCGCUCGGUUCGCGAGAAAAAAGAGCACGAGCCCGUGAAGAGUGCCGCUGCUUCGUUUGUCAACAAGUCGCACCCCGACGCAACUGCUGUGCUGCUCCAGGGCAUUCUCGGCACUGCAUCCAGCUGGGACGAGCCCGUCCUUGCCGCGCUUCAGCAAACAUCCGCCAACCAACGAUUAUUUGCCGCUGCAGGCCAGCACAUCAAGGCCGCUCGUCCUGAUCAGGUUGAGCCAUUCCGAGCUGCGCUUGGCCGUGCGCAAACCGCGACACAGCUGAAUGAAGAGCAACGUGCGCUUGCCGCUUCUGCAUUGCAAGCGUUUGCAUGAUGUCCAUGUUGAUUUAAUAAUACAGAGUGUACUUUUUUAUCAGA